AUGUUGAGAGCCCUCCAAUACCAUCGUGCCAUGGCCCGCGCAAGCGAGCAGCAAGAGGCCACUAUCGAGGCACCGAUCCACCACCCAUAUCAGCAGGGAGAAGCGCAGCCUUUCCGUCGCGCAACGCUCAGAGACUGCUUCCCACAAGUCAAGAAGCCGACCGAAUUUUCCGAGCCUAUCACAAUCAACAACCCCAACACAAACAACACCUUCAACAAGGACAUUGCGGAGACGGACAGAAAGAAUGCCUCUUCCAUUGUCGAACCCUCGAACCUCGGUCCAAAUGACCUUAUCGCCCCCCUUACCAGCUCCAUGUCGCAGCUGAAGAUCUCACCAACUCCCACCAGGUCUGGUGAUAACUACCAAGCCAGUUGGUUGACGGCUAGUCCUUUCAGUCACCCCACCCCGAACCAUUCCAUCUGGAAUAAGGAUGCACGCGUCGCCCUUCCAGUGUACACACCCACGACUGUACACCCAAACAACACUGACAAGACCACCGAGUUCCCGAAGAGCAGCGAAAGCCAAAACAAACAGAAAAUGACGCUGGCCAACUCCAAGGGGCAUGACCGCGCUACGGCCAGGGGAACGAUCAUGUCAAGUAUCCACACUAAAACCGAAACAAGCACCAACGGAUCCGCAAGCAAGCCGCGGCUGUCACGCCGCGAGCAAAAGAAGCUUGAAAGCAGGAAAUGGGCGAACAAUGCCUUCAUUGAUGGAAAAGGCCGCCUAGACACCAAGAUGAACAGGCUCGGAAAGAUGCGGAAGAGGCUGCGCCACCGGUGCACCUGGGUCAAAAAGCCCUUCUCGCUCCGCGAGUUUGUCCACAGGGCGGAGCAGCCGGUUCCGUUCCUGGUGCUGACGGAUCCGGAGGGAGGUAAGCACUUCUUGGAGGAUCCCAAGAAGUACAAGAACUGA